GUGCUUGGCAAACAUUUGUACCAUGAACUUUGAUUGCGUUUAUGCAUCCAUCAAAUUGAGUCAGCCAUUUUUUUUAGAGAUGCUUUACAGAUCUAGUGUUGGUAUUAUGGUACUUUCAAAUAGUUUUGCUAGUAGUCAGUCCUUCUUGGAUCAUCUGGUGGCAAUCACGGAACAUUGGAAAGCAAAAGACUUUGUAAUUAUUCCUGUAUAUUUUAAGAUAUCACUUUCAGACAUAUGUCGGUUGGAAAACCGGUUUGAAAAAGUAUAUCUGCAGUAUCUGAAUUCUCCCCUGCCAGACAGAGUUCAGAAAUGGAAGGCGGCUAUGGCUGGAAUAGCAUCCAUCAAUGGACAUGAAUGGAAAAAAGAGACUGAGUUUAUGCUUGCCGAGGAAGUUGUAAGAAAUGCAUGCUCAAGGCUUUAUUUGAACAACAACAAGAAUCUGGACAGAAUCUUAGUAUUGUUAAAUCAUUCUCAGCCUACUACAGAUGCUGAAAUUGUGGGAAUUUGGGGUAUGGCAGGAAUAGGUAAGACAACUGUUGCCAGAGAAGUAUUUAAUAUUCUAACUCCGCAAUAUGAUUUGUGUUACUUUCUGCAAGACUUUUAUCUAAUGGGUCAAAUGAAAGGGCUGAGGCAAAUGCGUGAUGAUUUCUACUCUAAAGUAUUUGAGGAAGAAAAACAAAGUAUAGGUGCCUGUGAUGUAAAACCGAGUUUCAUGAGGGACCGGUUCCAUAAGAAAACGAUUCUUGUUGUUCUAGAUGACGUGGAUAAUGCCAAAGAUGCAGAAAUUGUAGUUGGAGGGUUUGGCUGGUUUUCUGAUGGACACAGAAUCAUCUUAACUUCUAGGAGAAAACAAAUUCUUAUUCAAUGUAAGGUUAGAAAGCCAUACGAAAUCCAAAAGUUAAAUGAGUUUGAAUCUUUUCGUCUCUGCAAACAAUAUCUAAUUAAAGGAAGUGUAGUCAUCUCAGAGCUUAUAAGCUGCAGUAGUGGUAUUCCUUUGGCUCUCAAUGUUUUGGGUUCCGCUGUAUCAAAGCAGCAUAUAAACAAUAUGAAGUCACAUCUCGAAAGCUUGCGGAGAAAUCCUCCAACCCAGAUUCAGGAAGCAUUUCGGAGAAGUUUUGAUGGACUAGAUGAAAAUGAAAAGAACAUAUUUUUGGACCUUGCAUGUUUUUUCAAAGGGGAAAACAAAGAUUAUGUGGUGCAACUACUUGAUGGUUGUGGCUUUUUUACAUAUUUGGGAAUUUGUGAGCUCAUUGACGAGUCUCUCAUUAGCCUUUUGGAAAAUAGGAUUGAGAUUCCUAUUCCUUUCCAAGACAUGGGUAGAUUUAUUGUUCAUGAAGAAGAUGAGGAUCCAUGUGAGCGUAGCAGAUUGUGGGACUCUAAAGACAUUGCUGAUGUCUUGACAAACAGUUCAGGAACAGAAGCGAUUGAGAGCAUUUUCCUGGAUGCGGCUGGCUUGACCUGUGAGUUGAGUCCUACUGAGUUUGAUAAGAUGUCCAAACUUAGGUUGCUGAAGUUCUAUUGUUCCACCUCUGGUAAUCAGUGCAAACUAACUCUACUUCAAGGCCUAGACACUUUACCUGAUGAGCUAAGUCUACUUCACUGGGAGAAUUACCCUUUGCAAUACUUGCCUCAGAAAUAUAAUCCUGUGAACCUUGUAGAGGUAAACAUGCCUUAUAGCAACAUGGAGAAGUUAUGGGAGGGAAAGAAAAAUCUCAAGAAGCUAAGGAAAAUCAAACUGAGUCACUCCAGAUACUUAACUGAUAUCCUGACGUUAUCAGAAGCCAUGAACCUUGAACAUAUUGAUCUGGCAGGCUGUACGAGUCUGGUUGACAUUAGCACAUCUAUUGCUCGUUGUGCGAAGCUUGUUUCCUUGAAUAUGAAAGGCUGUUCUCAUUUGCGAAUUUUGUCUACUAUGGUUGAUUUGACAUCACUCAAGCUUCUCAAUUUGUCUGGCUGCUCCCAGCUCGAGGAGAUUCAGGAUUUGGCACCAAACUUGAAAGAGUUAUAUCUAGCUGGGACUCCCAUAAGAGAGCUUCCAUUAUCAAUCGAGAAUCUCACGGAUCUUUUUACGCUAGAUCUGGAAAAUUGCACGAAUCUUCAGAAACUUCCUUUUGGAAUAAGCAACUCGAUAUCUAUCUUCGAGCUUAAGCUGUCUGGUUGCACAAGUCUUGAGAUUCUUCCAAAAAUCGAUGCUUCAGAUAGUGGACUAUCUUAG